AUGUGCAAAUCGUCGCGGAGUAACUACGGCAGGAAAUCGUCCGCUGAGCUUCCUCACAUUCUCCUCGUCGACAGAGGAGGGUGCUACUUCACGGAGAAGGUCUGGAACGCUGAGCUGGCAGGAGCAUCUGCCGUCCUGAUCGCGGACGACCAGAACGAGAAUCUGAUCACCAUGGAUUCUCCCGACGAUGAUCCCGAGGCGAAGCAGGCCGGCGAUCUCAUCAGCAACAUCACCAUCCCCUCGGCUCUCAUCCAGAAAUCCACCGCCAGCGCAAUCAAAUCCGCGCUGAAGAAGAAACAGAUGGUCGUGGCGGCUCUUGAUUGGCAGGAGUCGCUGCCGCACCCUGACGCGCGGGUGGAGUACGAGUUCUGGACCAAUAGCAAUGAUGAAUGCGGGACGAAAUGCGACAUGCAGGCGAAAUUCCUGGAGGAAUUCCGGGGGUACGCGAUUAUCUUAGAGCAGCAGGGUUUCACGCUCUUUACCCCGCAUUAUAUGACCUGGUUCUGCCCGGAAACCCUAAAAGAAACGCGGCAGUGCAAGUUCCAGUGCGUGAACAACGGCCGGUACUGUUCACCUGAUCCCGAGGGGGAUUUCGACAAGGGGUAUGAUGGGCGGCAGGUGGUGAUUGAGAAUCUGCGGCAGCUGUGCGUGUGGCGCGUGGCGAAUGAGACGGGCGCGCCGUGGGUGUGGUGGGAGUAUGCGGCUGACUUCAAGAAGCGGUGCCGCAUGGAAGAGAAGCAGUACAACCAGGAGUGCGGCGAGAAGCUCAUGACCGGCCUGGGUGUGGAUCCGCAGAAGGUGCGCGCGUGCAUGGGCGAGCCCAACAGAAACGCAGCCAACCCCGUGAUGGAAGAAGAGCAGGAGGCUCAGGUGGGCAAGCGUGGGAGGAGCGAUGUUACCAUGUUACCAACCAUUGUGAUCAACAAUGUGCAAUACAGAGGCAAGCUAGAGGCCAAGGCAGUUCUCAAGGCGAUCUGUGCGGGCUUUGAAGAAUCCACAGAGCCACCCAUCUGCCUUGGUGCCGAGGUGCAAACUAAUGAGUGCCUGACCAACAACGGGGGCUGCUGGAAGGGGCACAAUCUCACAGCCUGCAAGGACACGUUCCGAGGCAGGGUGUGCGAGUGUCCCAAGGACCCUGCCACGGGGGUGUACCUCACUGGGGAUGGCUACACCAAGUGCGAGGCGGCGGGAGUGGGUCGCUGCCUGGUGGGCAACGGGGGAUGCUGGCAGUCCACCCACGAGGGAAAGACGUACACCGCCUGCCAUGACAGCUCCACCUCCCCCACCACCACCUGUGUGUGUCCGCCGGGCUUCACGGGCAACGGGCACCACUGCAAGGACAUCAACGAGUGUGCGCCCUCACACCCCGCCUGCAAGUGCCCCGAGUGCAAGUGCCGCAACACGUUCGGGUCGUACGAGUGCUCGUGUGUGGGCGAGGACAUGGUGUAUAUCGACCAGCUUCAGGCGUGCAUCAGCAGGGUAUCUGAGGGCGCAGCCCCUACUCGUACUAUCUGGGGUGGAGUAGUGGCUAUAGUGUUGGGCUUCAUUGCCGUUUUUGCAGUCCUGGGGUAUCUAAUGUACCAGUACCACCUCCGGACACAUGUUGAUUCUGAGAUUCGGGCCAUCAUGGCGCAGUACAUGCCGUUGGAUGAAUCGGACGAGCUUCCAACGGACGUGAUUGGCGAGAGCCUUGUGCGGAUGCAACAGUUUAAGAGCCUUCUGUUGCUUUCCAUCACACCACAGGAGCCCAACCUGUCGUCAGCCUCCACGUCAGCAGGCACGUCAUCAUCAGCAGGGGCAGCAGCGGUGGCGUUAUCUCAUGAGUUUCCAGGCGCGCGCAUGGCGUUUACUCCUGACCUUCAUUUCGUGCCGGAGCUGCCAGAAUCGCCAGUACCUUGCUUCCGUGUGCUGGACCACGAGGGGGGACUUGUUGAAGGCGCCGAGGAGCCCGAGCUGUCUCAGCAAGACGCAGAGCGCAUGUAUCAAGCAAUGGUGGAGCUGCAGGCAAUGGACUCGGUGUUCUACGAGGCGCAGAGGCAGGGGCGCUUCUCGUUUUACAUGACCACUGCGGGGGAGGAGGCCGUAAAUAUCGCUUCUGCCGCUGCUAUUCACGCCCACGACCACGUCUUUGCUCAGUACCGAGAGCCCGGGGUGCUGUUGUGGCGCGGCUUCUCCCUCUCAGACUUCGCCAACCAGUGCAUGGGCAACCGGCUGGACAAGGGCAAGGGGCGGCAGAUGCCCGUGCACUAUGGGUCCGCGGAGCUCCGAUUCCACACCAUUUCGUCCCCCUUGGCCACACAGAUCCCACAUGCAGUGGGAGCCGCUUACGGACUCAAGAUGGCAGGCGAGGGGUGCUGCUCCGUGGCUUACUUUGGCGAGGGCGCUGCUAGUGAGGGCGACUUUCACGCAGCUCUCAACUUUGCAGCGGUCCUGGAGGCCCCUGUGCUCUUUGUAUGCCGCAACAACGGCUGGGCUAUAAGCACUCCCGCUAAGGAACAGUACCGAGGUGAUGGCAUAGCAGGGCGAGGGGCGGCAUACGGUGUCUCUAGUGUGCGGGUGGACGGCAACGACGUGCUGGCGGUGCUGAGGGUGGUGAAGGAGGCAAGGGAGCGAGUCGUGCAGACGGGGAAGCCGAUUCUCGUUGAGGCCAUGACAUACCGCACAGGGCAUCACAGCACGUCAGAUGAUUCUUCUCGCUACCGCGGCGCAGGGGAGAUGGCACACUGGCGCACACAGAGAGACCCGGUGGCGCGGUUCAGAAGGUGGCUGGAGAGAAAAGGGUGGUGGGAUGAGGGGCGGGAGAAGCAGGCGAGGGACACUGCCAGGGACGAGGUGAUAUCCGCGCUGGAAGCUGCCGAGAAGCUUCCAAAGCCGCCGCUUUCGGAUCUAGUGAGCGAUGUGUAUGACAAUAUUCCGGUUCAUCUGCAGGAGCAGGAGAGGGCGGUGCGUGCAGCCGUUAUGAGGAACCCCCAGGCCUAUCCCGGUGACGUGCCACUGUAG